CAGAGCUGCGCGUGCGCAGGCAAAGCAAGAAGCGAGCUGUGGCGGAGCUUGUUAGAGUCGCGGCAGAGCAGAGUCGGGGCUGGAGCGCACUAUGCUGUCACCCGAAGCGGAGCGGGUGCUGCGGUACCUGGUGGAGGUGGAGGAGCUCGCCGAAGAGGUUCUGGCGGACAAACGGCAGAUUGUGGACCUGGACACCAAAAGGAAUCGGAACCGGGAGGGCCUGAGAGCCCUGCAGAAGGAUCUCAGCCUCUCUGAAGAUGUGAUGGUUUGCUUCGGGAACAUGUUUAUCAAGAUGCCUCACCCAGAGACGAAAGAAAUGAUUGAGAAAGAUCAGGACCAUCUGAAUAAAGAAAUAGAGAGACUCCGGAAACAACUUAAAGUGAAGGUCAACCGCCUCUUUGAAGCCCAAGGCAAACCGGAGCUGAAGGGUUUUAACCUGAGCCCCCUCAACCAGGAUGAGCUUAAAGCUCUCAAGAUCAUCUUGAAAGGAUGAAACUUAAGAACCAAGAUGGGGGACCUAAGACCAGCCUGCCCCCCACUCCCCACCCUGGGAUGGUGGAAGACCCAGGACUCUCCAGCUUUGAAACCUGCAAGUCCAGGAUCUGCCCUGCAAGGGGACAGGUGUGAAUCUGGCCAUAGCCCCCGUACGAAGCUUCUUUGUCUGUAGCACUUGGCUACUUGGUGAUGACAGGAGGGAACCCUCAGCCUGCCAGUAUCUGCCGGGCCUGACCGCUGGGGCUGGAUGGACACAAGACGCAUUGACAGGCCCUGGCGGCCACCAGUAGGUGGGUGGGGGCAGUGCCCAUGGGGGUGUGAGAAUGACUGCAUCAGGCACUUCUCAACAACAGCCUGCUGUUAGCUGGGCCUGGCAGGGCAGAAGAGUGGGAGCGUCAUUCCGGCAUUCCUCUCAGAAAGGGGGAGACACGUUUCCAAGCAGCAUGUGUAACGGAAUUGGAUAAAGCAGGAGGCUCACAGGUGGCUUCUGAAUGAAGGACAGACUCUAGGGGCUCCGUGGUUCCCCAGAGCCAUCUGUGGGGCAGAUACCAGCCCCCCACCUCCACCCCGGCCGCCUCCACUUUGGCCCAUUUUCCUGCUUGUCCCCAGGACAGAGCCCAGAGUGAUGCUGCUUCUCAGCCUGUUGCAGCUGCUCUUUAGUCAGGAAGGCCUUGCAGAGUCCUGCACUGCUGCUCCGUUGUCCAAGAUGCACCCCCACCGGCUCUGAAAGCAGGUCUGGGCCAGUGCUGCUCACAGUUCCCUUCUGCCUUCAGGGUCUAUGACCCUAAGGUGAAUGUGCCCUGAGAGGUGGCGUUCGUGUGCCUGGGUCUCAGUAAAUGUUACCGAAAUGAAUGAAUAGCAGCUGCUAGUGUUCACCUCGUUUGGUCCUCAGUUGAGGGCCUGCCACUCCAUUUAGGGUGCCGUCUAUGGAGGGGCAGUGAUUCCUCCUUGAAAUGAUGUCAGGAUUAGACAGGCAGAAACAGCAGAUGAUGGUGAAACCGAAAGGGCAUUCCAUGUGGGUCCAGCCACUAGUUAUAUGGGGACACAGGCUGGCAUGGUCUUAGGUUUUCUUGAAUCUAGAAAUUGGAUUUUUAAGUUGAGUUUUCUGUUUUUUAACUAUUGCUGAUUAAUUCAGAAACUUUUUUAAAGCUUGGGUAUUGGCCAAACAAAAUGCUUUACAUGAGCUUUUUGGUCCGGACCUAUGAUUUUGCCUUCUCUUGAGAUUUCUUAGUAGAAACUGCUAGGUUUUCCCCAUGAUAUCCCUAAGUAGGCAGGUGGACUUGGAAACUAAAUGUCCACAAUAGAUUUAAGACAUUAAGAAUUCUAAACAGUGGAAUACUAUACAGCUGUAUUCAAGGAUGAAGACACUUUGAGCACUGCUUUUGAACAAACUUCAAGAUACAGUACAUUGAGAAGCAAGGACAAUGUCUAAUAAGCUCGUAAUUUGUGUGCAAACAAUGAAUGUGGUUCCCUCAGAAUAGAAAUUUGCAUGUUUGGGACACAAGGGUGCGAGGGGACAUGUUGCUGUUAUAGUGCAUAUUUUUAAAUAAAAACUUAAAAAAG